GAUGUGGAGUAGAAGUGAUUUGAAAAUGCAAAAUUUUUGUCGGCGCGCGUUAGGCGCCGCCGCGCUGUUGACACUGUUAUGGCUGCCACACGAGAAGAUCAACGUCAUUGACGCCGCUGCGACCUUGGUUGGUGAGGAACGCAUUCAAGGUGCAGCAACAAAAGCAACAACAGCUGACAGUGAUGAAACGCCAACCACUAGCGCGCCCCUUAGCAGCGCCGCCACCACCACGCCCAAUACAAUGCUGCCUGCCUGCGCUAGCGACUAUUGGCCUCGGCAACUCGAUGCAAUGUACGGUUAUGUGGACGACGUCAUGUGGCCGUGUGAUGAUUUUUAUGAGUACGCUUGCGGUAAUUGGCGCGCGCCAUAUCAGUUGCGCUCACGUGGUGCACGCGACAUACUUACCACAGUGAAGGCGGACAAUAAGCAACAAUUGUUGGAGUAUCUGCUGGAAAAGCAACGACAGAUGUUGGCAGUUGGUAAGCGCAUAACGCUGAAGCGCAGUGAAGAGACUGCGGUGCGGUUUUUUAGUUCGUGCGUAGAGCGCAUUGUGGAUGAAGAUGGCGGACGUGUGCAUACGAAUGUGGAAGCGUCCAGUUUGAACACAUACACUGAGUCGCUGCGUAGCAUAAGUGAUUGGCCAGUGUUGAAUCCCUAUUGGUUGCAGGCACCGCACAACGACAGCCUCAGCUGGGGAGUACACUUGAGUGCGGAGUUGCGACGCUUUGGCGUGCAAGCUUUCUGGCGUUUGUUGAUCACCAGUAACUGGCAGCAGUCAGAACAACAAGUUUUUUAUAUCUCAGCGCCCGCAUUUGAUCUAUUGAAACCAACGCGCCAUGCUGUGCACUACGACAGUGACUCGGAGUAUAUUUACAAACGUUAUGUGAAGUAUUUAAUGUUAGAUUUGGGAGUGCGAGUGCGACGCGCGCACACUAUCGCCGGUGAGGUGGUCGAGUUUGAGAAGGCGCUAUUUCAGCUGGUGCCUAGCGAGCGUCUGGUGUUAUUGCGCGAGCCACAAACCUUGGCGGCAUUGGAAGCGCAACUACCAGAGCUGAAAUUGGGUCAAUAUUUCAAUACUGUAAUGCGCGAUAUAAGCGCUGAGUUGCCAGUUGAUUACGCGCAACGGCUGCUGGUUGUCGCCGAUGUGCCUUACUUACGCAAGUUAAGCACGCUGCUCAAACGCACGCAACCCGAGUUGGUCGCAAAAUAUUUGCUCGUGCAAUUUCUGGCACACUUCGAGGUGCGCCUGCACGAGGAGGAUAGCUAUCAAGAGCAGCGCGAUCAUUGUUUACAGCAACUGCACACUUUCCUACCGGCCGAGCUCACUGAGAUCUUUAUGCGCUUGCAGUAUGCGGACGUCGAUGCCAGCGCUUACAUGGCACACUCACAAACGAAAUUAAAUGAAAUUUUCACACAGCUCAAAGUGGCAUUCGAACGCGCGCUCAACGGGACAAAUGUCUUCGAACGCGAUGCGCACACGAAAUUGUUGGGUUUGGAGAAACUGCGAGCCAUGCGCCUGGUAUUACCACAAGCGGCGGCCAACAAUAAAGAUCAACUGCCGGCCAACAUCGUACUGAGCGACAACUAUGAUGAAAACUUAUUAGCGCUCUGGCAUUGGCGCAUACACAACGAACUCAAAGAAGUUUUAGAAACGUUGCUAACAGGACGCAGCGCGCCACGCGCCUACAAUAAUUAUGGACCACUCGAUGUGAAUGCCUACUAUCGACUGAAGAAGAACACCAUCGAGCUGCCGGUGGGCAUCUUACGCGCGCCAUUCUACCACAAUUGUCUCGAUCCGGCGAAGGUCUACGGCAGUUUUGUCUACAUAAUUGCGCACGAACUAAUGCAUGGCUUCGAUUAUGAUGGCUUCAAUUACGAUCAGUCGGGCAAUAUCGCCGGCAAUUGGGGUGCAAAGUCGAUAAUACGUUUUGGCAGCAAAUCGCGUUGUUAUCUUAGCGAGCGUUAUGAAGAUGGCGAGGUGACUUUGAAUGAGAAUAUUGCCGACACAGAGGGAUUGCGGCUUGCUCUGGAAACCUAUCGACACGCUGCUGGUGUUGGCGCGAAUUCUACUUUAAGUACGACGCAGCUAAAGUUGUUCUUUCUCAGCUUCGCGCAGACAUGGUGCGGGCAGAGCGCGUCGUCGGAGAAUAGCUUACAUGAUGCGCACAGUCUGCGCGUCAACAAUGUGGUGAGCAACUUCGAUGAGUUCACUCAGGCGUACAGUUGUGGCAAGCAUAGCGAAAUGAAUCCGGCAAAUAAGUGCAGUAUAUGGAGCGAAGAGUAGUGAAAUGUUUGAAAAAUAUUUAAUUUUUUAGUAAAGCUACUGCGUUGGUUCUGUAAUUUUUUAAAGAUGGCAAUAAAAAAAUUAAAACUUGGUGUAAAUAUUAAAAUAAAACAUUCUUAGUGGUGUGUCAGUUUUAAAGCAAGAGGUUUUUGGAAAAA